AUUUUGGCGCUCGUUGCGGUCGGUUGUGUUUUUAUUCGUCGCGCUUUAUUUCUCUCUUUCGAUCAAUUCCUUUCUCUUUAACUUUCCACUUACCGCCCGGCGUACUCUUUUAAUUUUAAAAAUAUUUAAACAAGUGUGUUAUCAGCAGCCCUAUAAUCAACAAUCGAAUAUCAAAAGCAGCAUGACCGAGGGCAAGAACUUACCCCACUCGAGUGCGGAUGUGCCUUUCCGUAGCAAGGAGCUGCGCAAGCAGUCGCUCAUCCAGCACACCGGCCUGGUCGGAGUCAUCGAUGAGGGCACCAAGACCAUUGGCUUCUCUAUCUACACAACGCCGGACUUCAAGGAGAUCGCCGCACACCGGGUGGAGCUGGGCGUGAUCACGCCCCAGGAUGGCUGGUACGAGCAGGAUCCGAUGGAGAUGAUGGCCUCGAUCAACAAGUGCGCCGAGGAGGCCAUCAAGCAGCUGCCCGAGCUGGGCUUCUCCGCCAGCGACAUCGCCACCGUGGGCAUCACGAACCAGCGUGAGACGACAAUCGUCUGGGAUGCGGUUACCGGCAAGCCACUGUACAAUGCGCUCCUGUGGAAGGACAUCCGCACCAGCACUACAGUGGAGCAGAUCGUGGCCAAGGUCCAGGACCCGAACCACUUUCGCAGCAGCACUGGCCUGCCUAUCUCCACGUACUUCUCGGCCCUGAAGAUCCGCUGGCUGCGGGACAAUGUGCCCGAGGUACGACAGGCCAUCCGGGAGAGGCGGGCGAAGGCGGGCACCGUCGACAGCUGGAUCGUCUGGAACUUGACAAAUGGUGCACUCCACAUCACGGACGUGACGAAUGCUUCCCGCACUCUGCUCAUGAAUCUGGAGACCCAAAGUUGGGAUCCCGUGCUGCUCAAAACGUUCGGCAUCAAGGAGGAUAUGCUGCCCACCAUCCACAGCUGUUCGGAGGUCUUUGGCAAGAUCACUUCGGAGCGAAGUCCGCUGCGUGGAAUGACCCUUAGCGGGAUCAUGGGAAACCAACAGGCCUCGCUUCUAGGUCAGAUGUGCGUAAAGCCUGGUCAGACGAAAAACACGUACCGCUCCGGCUGCUUCCUGCUCUGCAAUACGGGAGAUAAGCCCGUCUUCUCAAGGCACGGACUGUUGACCACAGUGGCCUACAAACUGGGUCCCCAGGCACCGACGAUCUACGCCAUUGAGGGAGCCGUUUCGGUAGCCGGACACGCGCUCUCCUGGUUGCAAAAUAAAGUGCGCAUCCUCCCGGACUCCAGGGAUGCGGAGAAGUAUGCUGAAAUGGUGCCCACAUCGGGGGAUGUGUACUUCGUGCCCGCCUUCACAGGACUGUAUGCUCCCUACUGGCGGCAGAAUGCUCGCGGUAUUAUCAUUGGACUGACGCAGUUCACCCGGAAGAAUCACAUAGUGAGGGCUGCGCUGGAGAGCAUCUGCUUCCAGACCCGGGACAUCCUGGAGUGCAUGCAUCAGGAGUGCGGCUACGAGAUCAACAAACUCCAUGCCGAUGGCAAGCUGACCACGAACAACCUGUUGAUGCAGCUCCAGGCGGACACCAUUGGGCUGCCAGUCUUUCGCUCCCAGCUGAUGGACUCCACAGCCUUCGGCGCUGCCAUGUGUGCUGCCCAAGCAGAGGGUGUGGAUCUCUGCCAGUUCGAGCCCGAGAAGCGCUACUACGAGAACGUGCACUAUGACACCUUUCUGGCCACCACUACAGAGGUGGAGCGCAAGGAGCGCUACGGCAAGUGGAAGCGGGCUGUGGAGCGCAGCUUGGGAUGGGUCAUCAAGCAGAAGAAGACGCGGGAGCACACGGAGGAGAACUACCGCAUGCUGUCCUCGCUGCCGGCGAGCAUCUUUCUCAUCAGCAGCUUCGCCAUGCUGGUGCAUUCCCUUGCCGCCAGUGGCCAGUAAAGAUUGCUGCCUGACGUUCGGAUCGAUUCUCGGUUGUGAUAGUAAUUAUUUGUCCGGAUUUCGUUUGGAUCUUACGCACUGUACAUAGUCCUCAAAGGACAAUGGGUGGUUGAAAGUGCUUUAAACCCUGUAUAUAGUUGCUUAGUUAGAGCUGAACCAAGACCAAGGUCUCUGGACUACGCUCCGACCUACUUUAAGUAUCCUGUAGCCUGACAAUCUUAUCGUGUUUUCGUUGCAUAUUCUAUACGUCCUAGCCGUAGUUCCACUAACGAUGGCUGGGUGUCCGCGCUCCACGCACGGCCAAAUCAGCGGAAUUGUAUAUAGCCAAAGUGCAAACGACAUUUAUAAUUUAAGUUCCGUACUCGUAUGUGUAUGUGUAUGUAGUGAUUACGCCCUCUAAACAAUAAAAAGAAAUAAUACGAAACGAAA